AAGGGAUACACUCAGGUUGAAGGGAUUGACUAUCAAGAAACAUUUUCCCCAACUGCCAAAGUUACUACUCUUCGCUGCCUUCUUACCAUUGCAGCUGCUCGUAAUUGGUUCAUACACCAGUUAGAUGUGCAAAAUGCCUUUCUUCAUGGUGAUUUGCAUGAAUUAGUGUACAUGGAGCCUCCACCUGGUCUUCGCCGACAGGGGGAGAACGUUGUAUGUCGGCUCAAUAAGUCACUUUAUGGACUCAAACAAGCAUCAAGAAAUUGGUUCUCUACUUUCUCUGAAGCCAUUCAAAAGGCUGGUUACCAACAAUCAAAGGCUGACUAUUCUCUUUUCACCAAACCUCAAGGUACUUCAUUCACAGCAGUUCUCAUUUAUGUUGAUGACAUACUUCUUACAGGGAAUGAUCUUCAAGAAAUGAAACGCCUUAAAAUUUUCCUUCUUAAGCGCUUCCGUAUCAAAGAUCUUGGAGAUUUGAAAUAUUUUUUGGGCAUUGAGUUCUCUCGCUCUAAGAAAGGUAUCUUCAUGUCUCAAAGAAAGUAUGCUCUAGACAUCUUGCAAGAUUCAGGACAGAUAGGUGCUCGCCCCGACAAUUUUCCAAUGGAGCAAAAUUUGAAACUUACUCCCACAGAUGGAGUGGUACUAAAUGAUCCAACCAAAUACAGAAGGCUCGUUGGUAGGUUAAUUUAUCUUACUGUCACCAGACCUGACAUUGUAUACUCUGUACAAACAUUGAGUCAAUUCAUGCAAGAACCUAGAAAACCUCAUUGGGAUGCUGCAAUGAGAGUCCUAAGAUACAUCAAGGGCGCACCUGGACAAGGCAUAUUAUUUUCGACCUCUAAUGACCUUACCUUAAAGGCCUUUUGUGAUUCAGAUUGGGGAGGUUGUCAUGCCACUAGAAGAUCCGUUACAGGGUUUUGCAUUUUCCUCGGAAAUUCUCUCAUCUCAUGGAAAUCUAAGAAGCAAGUUAUAGUCUCUAGAUCAUCAGCAGAAUCUGAAUAUCGAGCUAUGGCUAAUACAUGUUUGGAGCUGACUUGGCUACGGUUCAUAUUACAAGAUUUGAAAGUCUCACUUGCUGCUCCAACACCAUUAUUUUGUGACAACCAGGCAGCUUUACACAUUGCAGCAAAUCCUGUAUUUCAUGAGCGUACAAAGCAUAUUGAAAUAGAUUGUCAUAUAGUACGGGAAAAACUGCAAGCUGGUUUGAUUAGCCCUUCUUAUGUGCCAACACGAUUCCAGUUAGCAGAUGUGUUCACUAAAGCUUUAGGAAAGGAUCAAUUCGUGACAUUGCGAAACAAGUUGGGACUUCACGACAUUCACUCACCAACUUGAGGGGGAGUGUUAGGAAAUAUCUAUCUUAUGCAUAGUUGACUCUCCUUAAUGUGUAUAUAUUUACCUUCUCUAAUAGUUAACUCUAGUUAUUUUCCUUUCAAUGCACAGUAAAUUAGAUCCCACUGAUUGAGGAUCAUGGCUGUCAUGACUUAGGAUUAGCUUAACAUACGUCUGUAAAUAUAUUA